AUGAGCAGCAAAGGUGUGAAGCGCUCGUCCCCCGGGGCGGAGGCGGAAAAAAACCCCCUCGGAGAUGUGGACCUGGGCGACGCGGAUGCGGCGAAGCUGCAGGAGGUCCAGAAAGACAUUGCGCGCAUAGAGCUAGCGCUCGAGCGGCGCGCACAGGAGAAGCUGCUGCCCGUGUAUGAAAAACGCCGCGAGGUCGUGAAGGCGAUCUCCAAGUUCUGGGCUGUUGCGCUCAUGAACCACGGCAUGUUCGCACUGCACGCACAGCACAACUCGGACCAGGUGGCGCUGAGCUACCUCGAGGAUCUCUGGCUCGUGCGGAACCCGGCCGAGUCGCGGUGCUUCACGCUCGAGUUCUAUUUCAAGGAAAACCCGUUCUUUUCGAACGCGGUGCUUAAAAAGGAGUACAAGUACGAGGUACCACCUGCCGCCGAGGGCGAUAAGCCGGACGAAGAUGGCAUCACGGCGACGAUGCUGGAGUUCUCAUGGGAGCGUGACGUGCAGCCGCAGGCUACUGAAAUUAAAUGGAAAGACGAGUCGAAGAACCUUGUGAAGCUGUAUCCGCGGGUGAAGGAGGCCGACGACGACAUGCCGUCCGAGGGGGGCAGCUUAUUCAACCUGUUCGUGUAUGGGGAUGAUCCGUUCGAUAUCGGAGUCUUGAUUGCGAAUGACAUCUUCCCGGAGGCGAUCGAGUACUUCCUGGGGCAGGCUGGGGGGGACGAGCUGGACACUGACGAGGAAGAUGAGGAAGAGGAGGAGGACGAGGAGGAGAUUGACCUGGAGAAGCCGCGGGUGAAGAAGCCGAAGCACGCGUGA